GAUGGACAAUCCAAUCAAACUAAGUUAAUUGAAUUCUUCUUCAGAGCAUAAGGAAAUAGUAGACAAGUUCUUUAAGAAUCCAAUCCAAUAAAUACAGAAACUUAAUUAAAAGUCAUCAUCUAAAUCUGACAUAAUAAAUGAAUUGCGCCAAGAGAAUUAUGAUUUAAAAAAUAUAGUCAAUGAUUUAAAAUAAAGAAUUCAAGAACUAGAAUAACAAUUAUAAAAUCAAUAAAAUCAAUAAAUCGAAGAAGAAAAUUAAGAAUAAGUUUCUGUUGAGAAAUAAUAAAAUGAAAUAUAAGAAGAAAUGACUGAAGAAGAAAAAUCAAUUCAUUUAGCAUUUAUGUUAUAAUAACAAGAAGAAAUGGAAUUUUAAAAUCGUUUAACACAGUAAAUAUUUUUAAUUUAUUCUAUAUUAGAAUGUAAAAUAAUGUAGAUCUUGAUUAAAUGAGUUAUGAAUAAUUAUAAGAAUUAUAAGAAAAAAUGGGAUUUGUAAGUAGAGGUUUGCUCCAAAAUUAAAUUCAAUCACUUUUAAAAUAAUGCAAAAUUAAACAAUAAAUCAAUGAUUGGUAUGAAUUGUUAUAGAAUUUAGUUGUACAAUUUGUUUAGAAGAUAGUGGUAAUCCUGUUGAAAUUGAAUUGGAAUGUUGUCAUGUAUUUCAUUAAGAAUGUAUUUCUGAAUGGCUUUCAAGAGAAAAACAUUGUCCUGUAUGUAAAAGAGAUAUCAAUCUUAGUAAAUUCAAAUGA